CUUCAGUGUGUGAUUGUGAACUUUUUUUAUGUGCAAGUAACUAAAACGAUGGCGCCAUAUUUCAAGAUCACGUUUCUGGGUGAAUACGGAUUGAUGUCGAUAAUAUCGGCGCCGGAUCGAGAAGGCAUGUGACGGACUGAGUGAUGUUCAAGUGUUAAGUUUCGGACUAAAAUAUCGGACGAUGCAUCUAUCGAGUGAAGUGAGCUCAACUACGAAUGGUUUGGGGCACGAGGCCCCGUCGUCCAGCUACGGGAGUCUGCCGAGCCAGCCACUCACGGCGGAGCUGUUGGCCGAGAGGACUCUGGAGGGGUUGCUGGCUGACCACCCCGGGGAGCUGGUUAAGACGGGCAGCCCGCAUGUUGUAUGCACAGUCCUACCUCCGCACUGGCGGUCGAACAAGACCCUGCCAGUGGCCUUCAAGGUGGUGGCCCUGGGGGAAGUCGGAGAUGGCACCCUGGUGACAGUACGAGCCGGCAACGACGAGAACUGCUCCGCCGAGUUGAGGAACUGUACCGCGGUGAUGAAGAACCAGGUCGCCAAGUUCAACGACCUGCGGUUCGUGGGGAGAAGUGGGAGAGGCAAAUCGUUCAGUCUGACGAUAAUGCUCGCGACAUCACCUCCUCAAGUGGCGACGUACCAGAAGGCGAUCAAGGUGACGGUGGACGGACCACGGGAGCCGCGCUCCAAGACCAGGCACCACGGCUUCCAUCCCUUCCACUUCGGACCACGAUUCGCGCCGGAUCCGCUUAUGGGAUCGCUACCUUUUAAGUUGUCAGGUAUAGCGCACCAGCUGGCCGGCUUACCUGGGGGGGAGUGGGGUGCGCUGCGCUACCCACCACCGCUAUUGCCGUCUCACUCGCACUUCACGCCACACGUGCUGCCCCCCGCGCCGCCCCCGCCGCCGCAGCCCGACACAGAAGUGACGUCAGAGAACACGACGACGAUGCGCGCGCACAGCACGACGAGCCCGGCGACGUCGCGGCCGUCCUCCCCCCAGGACGACGACAUAUCCGUCACCGCCUCCGACUCCCCUCCGCCCGACGACCGCCCUGGGGCAUUCACAUCCGUCAGACGAAAGUCCUUAAAUCCCCUACCUCCCCCCUCCUCGUUAUUCCACAGCGCGCUAGCAGCGCAACUCUUCCUAAACUCCCCUCUACUCCCUACUCCCCCCGCAUGGCUCUACUCUCAACUCUACGGCGGCUACGACUGGUGGCUCAGACCCCCUCCCAUCAAAGAGGACUCCAACUCCAGUCCAGAUAGAGAGGAGGAGACCGGCUCGACCAGCUCGGCCAAGAAGAGACCAGCCUCGCCGGAAUGGACCAAUCAGGGUGUGAGGACCAGAAGCAAGUCUUUGAUCACGUCCGAACGAAGACCAGUUGACGUCUGGCGUCCUUAUUGAAUUUAUUUAACGAAAAAAUUGUUGUGAAUAAUGUCGUAAG